AUGGGUAACAGAGGUGGUGCAGUGGGUAAGAGAGGUGGUGCAGUGGGUAAUAGAGGUGGUAAAGGUAGUAAGAGAGGCGAUACAAGUGAUGGUAAGACAUCUGGUGGAGUUGAGGAUGGUGGAAUGGCUCAAGUUGAAGAUUCACACAUGAAACAACUCAAUGAUUACAAUGACACUAUUGAAGAAGUUCUUCCUAUGUCUAUGGAGGAUCCACCUCAUACUGAGACACAAGAUGGGGCUGAAGAAAUUAUCCCUAAGACACAACCAGAAAGUGAAGAAGAAGAAGAAGGCAUUAAUGACACCCAAGAAUUACCAGUACACCUUAGGAUUGUGAAAAGAAGAAGGCCCUCUGAGAGGAUUGUCAAAACCAAGUUGAAGAAGAUGGGAUGUGUUGGGACUUCUGCAAAUUCAACAUUGGAGUUGGAUUAG